UAUCUUGUUGUUUUACCUCGCCCAAUACUUGAGAACGUACGCCGCAAGAAGAAAUUGUAACUGGAGGGUUCCAACAAAAAUCAACAAAGAACAGUGCUUAGGAGUAAGCACGCCCUAUGUCAAAAAAUAUAAAGGCCUUGGAGCAGCUCUCCACCAUCGACCUAAACUUGCGUUUCCUCGUCGUCUAUAUUUCCUGAUGGCUUCGAUCGAAUUGAAAGAGCGCCAGAUUGCUCCUGGCGGCGUUGUAGAUGGCGAACCUACACCAUUCCCCUUGGAUCCAGCCCCCACCACCGCCGAGGACACCCCGCCCCCAGCUCACCAGCAGCCCAGUGGAAUUCGCCUCAUUUUGUUAACGAUUGGGAUCAUGACCAGCAUUUUUCUAGCCGCGUUGGAUUCCACCAUUGUCACGACAGCUAUUCCAGCGAUCACUACUGAAUUUGGCACUAUUUCGAACAUCGCCUGGUAUGGCGCUGGAUACGGCUGCACACAGACAGCGUUUCAAUCGGCCUGGGGAAAGGCAUACAAAUACUUUCCACUCAAGACCGGAUUUCUUCUCGCAGUUGCUAUCUUUGAAGCGGGCAAUGUAAUCUGUGCGGUUGCGAGUAGCAGUACUGUGCUGGUUCUGGGCAGAGUUGUUGCGGGCCUUGGGGGUGGAGGUGUGAUGACUGGAGCUUUUACCAUGGUCGCUUUAAGCGUGAAAGAAGAAUAUAGAGCAGCUUAUAUGGGGGUUUCAGGCGUGACUUUCAGCACAGCGAGUGUAGUUGGACCACUGAUGGGAGGCGCACUAACUGAUGGGAUCGGAUGGCGGUGGUGUUUCUGGGUCAGUCUUCCGGUCGGCGCGUUGGCAGCAUUUAUUGUUAGCUUCGCCUUCCGCUCGCCAAUUCCUCCGGAGACUGGUACUAUCAAGGAGCGCCUCACUCACCUGGACCUUCACGGUGGGGUGCUUAUCGCCGGCUUCUUGUGUUGCUUCGUCUACGCCAUGCACUGGGGAGGAACCCAUCCUUGGAGCUCCGCUAGUGUCAUCGGAACCCUUUUCGGCUUCUCCGCCCUGUGCAUAGCUUUUGUCGUCAAUGAGUGGUGGAUGGGCGACAAGGCUAUGGUUCAAGGCCGCUUCCUUAGAAACAGAGUCAUACUCUCUAAUCUAGGUUUCGUCUUCUUUCUUGCAGGCCUAUUCUUCCCGCUUCUUUACACCCUUCCGGUACAAUACCAGUCUGUGGAUGGUGCAUCUGCUUCCCAGAGCGGGAUCAGACUGAUACCACUCGUUAUGGGCGUCUCAGUAUUUACACUAGUAGCCAACGGAAUCCUAACAUACUGGCGACACUAUCGGCCAUUCCUAGUCCUGGGAUCGGUUUUGGGUACUGCGGGCGCAGUAUGCAUCUAUACAAUGAACGCACAACCCUCGCCCGCAACUUGGAUAGGCUUCGAACUCUUGACCGCAGUUGGCGUCGGUCUCGCCCUUCAAGUUCCCAUGUUAUCCAAUCAAACAUGCGUGGGUGUCGGCGACAUUGCCUCCAUCACUGCUAUAACGCUGUUCGUUGAGAACUGUGGCACUACUCUUUUUGUCGCGAGUAAUGAGGCCGCUUUCACGAAAUCGCUCAUCGAGAGCUUGGCUAAGAACAUCCCGAGUUUGAAUCCGGAGACUGUGCUCAACGCAGGUGCAACACAGCUUAGGCACGUGUUUGCUGGACUUGAGCUCGAAGGAGUGUUGCAGAGUUAUCUGGAUGGAAGUAAAGUCAGUCAUAUACUCCCAGUGGCUUGUGGGAUUGUUGCCUGUUUGAUCUCGGGAAGCGAUGCAAGCGGUGAGAUGAUAAGAUGGGCCUCACGAAGGUGGAGAAAGGCCGCCGAGUAA